AUGGACCCCAACGCCAUGAAGGAGGAGCUGCGCCUUUUCCAAAGCACCCUGCUUCAGGACGGGCUGAAGGAGCUGCUGAAUGAGAACAAGUUUGUGGACUGCACCCUGAAGGUGGGCGACCGCAGCUUCCCCUGCCACCGGCUGAUCAUGGCCGCCUGCAGCCCUUACUUCAGGGAGAUCUUCUUCACCGAGGAUGGGAAGGAGAUGGAGAACACCAGGGAGGUGGUCCUAGAGGAUGUCAACCCUUCCAUCCUGGACAUGAUCGUCCAGUACCUCUACUCGGCCGAGAUUGACCUCACUGAUGACAACGUCCAGGAUAUAAUUGCUGUGGCGAACAGAUUUCAGAUCCCUUCUGUCUUUACGGUGUGUGUCAACUACCUUCAGAAGAAGUUGUCUGUGAGCAACUGCCUGGCCAUUUUCAGGAUGGGCUUGGUGCUCAGCUGUCCCAGGCUUGCUGUGGCCGCGCGCAACUACAUCGCUGACCGCUUCGAAAUCCUCUACCAAAACGAGGAGUUCCUCCAGCUCGCCGCCCACGAACUGUUCGCCGUCAUCGGCGGAGACUCGCUGAACGUGGAGAAGGAGGAGCUGGUGUUCGAGGCGGUCAUGGCCUGGGUCCGCCACGACAAGGAGCGCGUGAAGGUCCUGAAGGAUGCAUUCAACUGCAUCCGCUUCCGCUUGCUGCCGGAGAAGUACUUCAAAGACAAAGUGGAAACCGAUGAGAUCAUCAAGGCCGACCCGGAGCUCCUGAAGACGAUCCAGGUUGUCAGGGAGGCAUUCAAGGGAAAUCUACCGGUGACGGCCAAGACGGAGGAGGGGGCAGGCGCGGAGGGCGGUGCGGAGGACAGCCCGUUCCCAGGCUUCCUGAAUGACAACCGCAGACACGGCAUGUACUCUCGUGAAUUCAUCGUCAUGAUCAACGACGCAGCGGCAGUGGCGUACGAUGUCAGCGAGAACGAGUGCUUCCUGGCGGCCAUGUCGGAGCAGGUGCCGCGGAACCACAUCAGCCUGGCGUCACAGAGCAACCAGCUCUACGUCCUGGGAGGACUGUUUGAGGACGAGGACAACAAAGAUGUUCCCCUGCAAUGUUACUUCUUCCUGUUGGACCCCCUCACAUCCGACUGGGUCGCCCUGCCGCCCAUGCCUUCCCCCCGAUGCCUCUUCAGCAUCGGAGAGAGCAACAACCUGCUGUUCGCCGUGGCGGGAAAAGACCUCCAGACCAACGAGUCUCUGGACACUGUGAUGUGCUACGACGUUGAGAAGAUGAGGUGGAGUGAGACCAAAAAGCUUCCUCUGAAGAUCCAUGGCCACGCUGUCGUCUCCCACAAAGGAAUAGUCUACUGCAUCGGAGGAAAGACGGAUGACAACAAAGCCCUCAACAAGAUGUUUGCGUAUAACCACAAGCAGUCGGAGUGGAAGGAGCUGGCGGCCAUGAAGACGGCCAGAGCCAUGUUCGGGUCCGUCGUCCACGGCGGCCAGAUCGUGGUGGCUGGUGGCGUCAACGAGGAGGGCCUCACCGCCUCAAGUGAAGCCUACGACUUUGUGACAAACAAGUGGGAGCCCUUCGCAGACUUUCCCCAGGAGAGGAGCUCUGUCAACCUGCUGAGCAACGGCGGCUUGCUGUACGCCGUGGGCGGCUUCGCCAUGGUUCAGACGGAGAGCAAGGAGGUGGCUCCCACAGAGGUCACCGACGUCUGGCUGUACGAGGACGAUAAGAAGCAGUGGAGUGGGAUGCUGAGGGAGAUGCGCUACGCUGCCGGGUCCUCCUGUGUGUCCAUGCGCCUCAACGCUGCCAGGAUGCCGAAACUGUAGACAGAACUAUGUUCUUUCUU